ACAUCGUUAGGCCGUGCUGGCUUCGGCGGAAGCUUGGAUGGCAUGUGGCCUUACAGUUAUGAUUCAUGUGAUGUUGGUACAUUGCCGAAUCAGACUUACCCUGGCACAGCAACGCCGCUGGCAGCUGUGCAGAACGGUGAUCCUUCCAAUGGCGGCGUCCUGUCAUUCCUUCCAGGUCAACGUCUGUCCGCAUGCACUUGCCCAGGAGAAUCUCAUCCAGGACCAGUGAGGGCCAAUGGGAGCUACGUUGGUCGGGCAGCACCCGAGAUUGAUGUCUUUGAGGCCACUAUUGAUGGUGCAGUCGGAAAGGUUUCGCUUUCGUCGCAGUGGGCACCGUACAAUGCUAACUACAACUGGCUGAAUACAACUGACAAUCUCAUUUUAUAUGACCCGGUCAAGACAGUCUUGAACUCAUACAAAGGCGGUGUCUACCAGCAAACCACCAGUGGCCUUUCGGUAGCAAAUCAGGACUGUUAUGAGCUAGAAAAAGGCUGCUUUUCCACUUUCGGGUUCCAGUAUAAGCCUGGGUUCGAUAACGCAUACAUUACCUGGAUCAACGAUGAUAAGCCAGCAUGGACGAUCAUGGUCGCUGGUAUGGGAGCCGAUCCGCAAACGGAGAUUAGUGCCCGACCUGUGCCGAUGGAACCAAUGUACAUCAUUGCCAACCUUGGUUUCUCCCUCAACUUUGGAUCGAUCAAUUUCGAUCAAUUGGUUUUGCCAGCCGUCAUGAGCAUCGACUACAUCAGAGUGUACCAGCCCAAGAAUGCUGUCAACAUUGGCUGUGACCCUGCGGCUUUUCCAACGGCGCAGUACAUCCAGACGUAUUCAAAUGUCUACACGAACCCAAACAUAACAACCUGGAAGGAAGCCCAACAGCCAUGGCCCAAGAACCGCCUCCAAACUGGCAGCUGCUAA